AUGGAUCAAGAAAAAUCCGAACGAGAAAUGCACAAGUUCUACAAGAAGUUUGGGAACGAGGGCUACGAGUACAUGGCAGACAAGGUCUUUGAGUUCAUGCGACUCGUCAGCGGUCCCCUGGCGGUCCAUAUGCUAAGGCAGAUCGGACUCGACGAAAACACCAACGCGCCUUUCGAACUCCUUGAUAACGGCGCCGGGUCUGGCAUCGUUGGGGCCGAAGUACAAAGCAGGAUCAGCCCCACGAUCCUUGCCCAGAGCAAGAUCGUUUCGGCCGACUUUGCCGAGAAUAUGGUCGAGAUUGUCAAGCAAAGGAUCGUGGAGCAGAAUUGGGUCAACACGGAGAGCAGAGUCAUUGACGCCCAGCUGCCUAGUGCAUCGUUCACGCACGUCACCGCCAACAUCACCUUCCACGUGAUACCGGAUUCUGAGGCAGCCCUAAAAGAGUGCCUCCGGGUCCUGAAGCCGGGCGGGAUGCUUGGCUUUACCACUUGGCACAAGGGGGGGAUCGGAUGGGCAGAGGGCGUAAGGGACGCGUUUGCAUCGUUCCCGUUCGAAGCUUCCUGCUCGAUGAAAAUGCAGACAACAAAGUGGGGAGAUUGGUCCGAUGUCAACUGGAUCAAGAAGACGCUGCAUGACCAGGGCCUCGAGGACGUCAAGGUGGACGUGCUCUCGCACCUGCAGCCCAUCGAGAGCGCCGCCCAAUUCGUGAAUAACUACAGUUCAAUGCUUGAGUGGCUUAUCAACGCACGCUGGAGUGAGGAGCUCAAGAAGGAGCAUGGGUUGGACGAGGUGAAGAAGCUGGAUAGGACGAUUCAUGCAUACCCACGUGAUAGCUUCGACCUCUCUCUCCUCAAUCCACCAACACCAACGACAGCACCAACCCCACGCGUUGCAGCCAUGGCGGAGCUCACUGGGCUCCCGCCCAGCCAGCUCACGACGCUCCUCAACACCCUCGCGUCGAUCGAACAACGACUUCAACGGAUCGAAACUGCCGUUCGGGUCCAGGCAUUCAAUCCCAUGUCGCCGGAUCCCUCCGCGGCGCCGCCCGCCGCGGCAGUCACGCUGGGCAACACAAGCACGCAGGCGAUGCUGUUGAACCACCCCGCCAACGGCCCGACCGCGACCAGCCCCGGCUCCGGCCCCGGCCCCAGCCCCGGCCUCGGCCUCGGCGCCUUCACGCCGCUCGAGGCGCCCCCGCAGGGCUACACUAUAUCGUCGCGGGACUCGAUGCAGGCCGAGCUGGACCAGUGGACGAUCCCGCGGGGCUACAGCAUGCGCAUCGCGGGGGCCAAGGUGCAGGGCAAGAAGAAGGUGCGCUGGGUGUGCUACCGCGGCGGGGAGACGCGCCACCACCGCGGGCCCGUCGACGAGUCGCUGAUCCUGCAGGCCAAGGCCGAGGGGCGCCGGAAGCCGACGACGGAGCGCGCCUCCAAGAAGUGCGGCUGCAUGUUCAAGUUCGAGCUGGUCGAGACUACAAAGGGCUCCGACCUGUGGGUCCUGCACUACCCGAACGCCGCGAACAAGGUCCACAACCACGGCCCGUCCGACGAGACCUCGGACCCGAGGGCGAGGAAGCUUCCCGCUUACAUGGCCGCCGAGGUUGACAACUGGUUGAGGGAUGGUCGCCAGGUCAGCAAGAUCCAAGAGGACCUGAAGGCGCGCGGCUUCACCAACGUGCUGAACACGGAUCUCUACAAUCGGAAGCGGGUGCUCAACAAGACCAACACCUAG